CCCACCGGGCUGCUCCCGCACCUGAGACGGGACGAUUAACCCCCGAGGAUCUGCCCGUAGACCCCGCUGGUGCCGGGGUUUAUAGCCGUCCCGGAAGUCCGUGCGUUCCAAAACUUUUCCAGGAAGUGUGUGCGGUUCAUUGCAGACCGGAAGUUGCUCCUUUCCCGGAAGUUACUGGGUUACCCACGCGUGCUCCGGCUGCUAGUGUCGUGGGACAGCAUGAAGUAUUCAUAUCAGUUCAGUAACCUCCUGGGGACGUUUUACCGAUGCGGUAACCUGACCUUCGCCCCCGACGGCAACGCUCUCAUCAGCCCCGUGGGGAACCGGCUGAGUGUCUUCCACCUCAAGAAUAACAAGGCGGAGACUCUACCCCUGGCGUCUCGCUGUAACAUCACUCAGGUGGCUCUGUCCCCAGACGGCUCUUUGGGCAUCCUCGUCGACGAAGAAGGAGCCGCUCUCCUCGUCAGCUUGGUCACUAAAUCCAUUCUGAAUGAGUUCAAUUUCCACCAACCGGUCCACAGCGUGAGUUUUUCUCCCGACGGCAGGAAGUUUGUGGUGUGUAAGGGCUCCGUAGCUCUCUUGUAUCACGCUCCGGGGAAGAAGCGCGAGUUUAACGCCUUUGUGCUGGAUAAAACGUUUUAUGGGCCGUACGAUGAGACCACCUGCGUGGAUUGGACAGAUGAUUCCAGGUGCUUUGCGGUGGGCAGUAAGGACAUGUCCACCUGGGUGUUUGGAGCCGAGCGCUGGCAGAACCUGGUCUACUACUCGCUGGGAGGGCACAAAGACACCAUAGUCUCAUGCUUCUUUCAGGAGGGCAACCUGGAUUUAUACACCCUCAGCGCAGAUGCCACGCUCUGUAUGUGGGAAUGUGACACCGAACUCUCUGAGCUGAUUCCAAGAGACUCCACAAAGAAGUCCCGGAGCGCGGAGGCUACAGAGAGCGGCGAUGGCCGAGCCGAGGAGGUUAGAGGCUCAGCCAAUCCAGCGCCGGAGGAGAAGGUUGGGCGAGUGGUGUACCAGAAGACCGGCAGACAUUUUUUUAAUAAGGAAGGGGAUUUCACGCGCCUCACCUCAGCCGCCUACCAUAAGAAGCUUUGCCUCCUGGUCACCGGCUUUGCCUCUGGGAUGUUUCAUAUCCACGAGCUCCCCGAACUCAGCCUGAUCCACUCCCUCAGUAUUUCAGAUCAGAGAAUAUCGUCCGUUACCAUUAACUCCUCGGGGGACUGGAUUGCUUUUGGCUGUAGUGGUCUGGGGCAGUUGCUCGUGUGGGAAUGGCAGAGCGAGUCGUACGUACUGAAGCAGCAGGGGCAUUUCAAUAACAUGGUGGCAUUGAGCUACUCCCCAGACGGGCAACACAUUGUUACUGGAGGAGAUGAUGGGAAGGUUAAAGUUUGGGACACAAACAGCGGCUUUUGCUUCGUGACGUUCACGGAUCAUACGAGUAGCGUGACGGCCGUGACGUUUACCGGCAGCGGACAGGUGGUACUCAGCGCUUCCCUGGACGGCACCGUGAGAGCGUUCAGCCUGCUGAGGUACCGAAACUUCCGAACCUUCACGUCUCCGCGGCCCACGCAGUUUUCCUGCCUGGGGGUGGAUGGGAGCGGAGACAUCGUGUGCGCCGGGGCCCGGGACGCGUUCGAGGUUUAUGUGUGGAGCAUGCAGACCGGGAGACUUCUGGAUGUCCUGGCCGGACACGAGGGGCCAAUCAGCAGCGUGGCCUUCAAUCCUUGGAGGUCUGUACUGGCCACAGCAUCGUGGGACAAGACGGUCAGGCUGUGGGAUAUGACGGACAGCUGGAGGACAACGGAGACGCUGAGCCUUAACUCGGAGGCCGUGGCCGUGGCAUUCCGUCCGGACGGCAAGGAGCUGGCGGUGGCCUCUUUGGACGGGCAUAUCACUAUGUGGGACCCUGAGAAAGGGAACCAGACUGGAUCCAUCGAGGGGAGACAUGAUCUGCAAAUGGGACGCAAAGAACUGGACAAAGUGACGGCAAAGCAUUCCUCCAAGGGCAAAGCCUUUACCGCGCUGUGUUACUCCGCCGACGGACAGGCUCUGAUCGCUGGCGGAGCCUCCCGCUACGUCUGCAUCUACCACGUCCACGAGCAGAUGCUGGCCAAGAAGUUUGAGAUCUCCUGUAAUCAUUCACUGGAUGCUAUGGAGGAAUUCCUGGACCGCCGUAAGAUGACCGCAUUCGGAAGCCUGGCUUUGGUUGAUGAAGGAGCUGGAGAUGAUGAAGGGGUUAAUCUCAGUCUGCCUGGGGUCCGCAGGGGCGACAUGAGCUCCAGACACUUCAAGCCUGAGAUCCGGGUGACAUCAUUAUGCUUCUCCCCAACCGGACGCAGUUGGGCUGCCACCUCCACAGAAGGUCUCCUCGUCUUCUCUCUGGACUCCAGUAGUGUUUUUGACCCGUUCCAACUGGAUGAGGAGGUGACGGCUGGAGGGAUCCACCGCGCCCUGCGUGGAAAGGACUGGACCCGCGGUAUCAUUAUGGCGAUGAGACUCAACGAGAAGACCGUUUUACAGGAGGCCCUGGAGAGCGUGCCGAGCACAGACAUUGCAGUUCUUUGCUCGGCGCUCCCAGAGUUAUACGUCGAGAGGCUUCUGGUGUUUUUGGCCUCGCAGAUCGAGAGCUCCCGCCACCUGCAGUUCUACUUAACGUGGGCUCAUCAGCUGCUCAUGCAGCACGGACAGAUCUUGAAGAACCGAUCUGUCUCUCUGCUUCCAGCCAUCCACUCCCUCCAGAAGAGUCUCCAGGGCCACUUCUCGGAAAUCUCCAAACUCUGUGAUUGGAAUCGCUAUAACAUGAAGUUCGCGGUGUGCCUGUCGCGGCAGCGCGGGGUGAAGAGAGACGCGGAGGAGUCCAUCAGCGGAUCGGAGUCUGACAUGGAGUCUGCCGGUGACAGUCUGGGCGAGGAGGAGAUGGGAGUGUGAGGAGGGCUCAGACGCCUGGGGCAGGGAGAACAGACUGUUGCUUUACUGUGAGGACAUUGCCUCGUCUCAGGCACUCAUGGAGUUAUCGCCUCUUUUUGCCCCUGCUGUUCUGGGAGCUUCCUGUUUCCUGUCCCCCUCUCACAGUGGUUCCUGGAGUAUCCAGUUUCCUGCGCCCAUCACAGCGGUUCCCGGAGCUUCCUGUUUCCUGUCCCCCUCUCACAGUGGUUGUUUCUGGAGUUUCCUGACUUCCCCCCCUGCCCCUUCUUGUUGUGUUCCCGUUGGAAUAAACCAGGACUGUGCGUGGGGCACUUAUUAUUACUGGGCAUAAGAGGAGGGCAGGGGCAAUUACUGGAACAGGCUCCUCAUAGAGCUGGGGUUUAAAGAUUCAUCGUUUCCAGUUCUGUCUAAUUCGAACCUUGCUUAAUAAAGUUUUUGAGGUGUUUUUUUUC